CUCAUCGACAUUGCAGGAGCUCCUAAACUUUACGUGCAAGGACUUUCUUGUGUAUUUCAGUGCACCUGCUUUACUUUCCUUUGCUUUAAUGGCGCCUGUGGCGAAGCAGAUUGAUCUUUCCGGCGGGUUCUGCAUGGAGCAGAAAGAUCCCCUGAAUUGGGGGGCGGCGGCGGAGUCGCUCAAGGGGAGCCAUUUGGAUGAGGUGAAGCAGAUGGUGGAACAGUUCCGCCGCCCGGCUGUGAAGCUCGGCGGGGAGACGCUGACUAUAUCGCAGGUAGCUGCAAUCGCCGCCAGGGGGAACGCCGUGACGGUGGAGCUGUCGGAGACGGCGAGAGGUCGCGUUAAGGCUAGCAGCGACUGGGUCAUGGAAAGCAUGGGUAAGGGGACCGACAGCUAUGGCGUCACCACCGGCUUCGGCGCCACCUCCCACCGGAGAACCAAGCAAGGCGGAGCUCUUCAGAAGGAGCUCAUUAGAUUCUUGAACGCCGGAAUAUUCGGGGACUCGCCGGACUCCGGCCACGCGCUGCCGCAUCCGGCGACGAGAGCAGCAAUGCUUGUCCGAAUCAACACCCUUCUUCAAGGAUAUUCCGGCAUUAGAUUCGAGAUUCUCGAGGCGAUCACAGAAUUCCUGAAUCACAACAUCACGCCUCGCUUGCCCCUUCGCGGGACGAUUACUGCAUCAGGAGAUCUCGUGCCGUUAUCCUACCUCGCCGGAAUGCUGACGGGGCGGCCGAACGCCAAAGCAGUUGGUCCCGCCGGGGAAGCCUUGAAUGCCGAGGAGGCCUUUAAGCUCGCCGGAAUUAAUGGCGGUUUCUUCGAGCUGCAGCCGAAGGAGGGACUUGCACUUGUCAAUGGCACCGCCGUUGGCUCUGGAUUGGCCUCCAUUGCUGUAUAUGAGGCCAAUGUUCUUGCUCUGCUAGCAGAAGUUACGUCCGCCAUUUUUGCUGAGGUUAUGAACGGGAAGCCCGAGUUUACCGAUCAUUUGACGCACAAAUUGAAGCACCAUCCGGGACAGAUCGAGGCGGCAGCUAUAAUGGAGCACAUUCUUGAUGGGAGUUCUUACGUCAAGGCAGCUCAGAAGUUGCACGAUAUGGAUCCAUUGCAGAAGCCGAAGCAAGACAGAUAUGCUCUGAGGACGUCGCCGCAGUGGCUGGGGCCUCAAAUCGAAGUCAUUAGGACAGCGACGAAAAUGAUCGAGAGGGAGAUCAAUUCGGUGAACGACAACCCAUUGAUCGAUGUCUCGAGGAACAAGGCUUUGCACGGUGGGAAUUUUCAGGGGACGCCGAUAGGAGUGGCUAUGGAUAAUGUCAGAUUGGCUGUUGCAUCUAUCGGGAAGCUGAUGUUUGCUCAAUUUUCGGAACUUGUCAAUGAUUUUUACAACAAUGGAUUGCCAUCGAAUCUUUCAGGUGGGAGGGACCCGAGCUUGGACUAUGGCAUGAAGGGAGCUGAGAUCGCCAUGGCUGCCUACUGUUCAGAGCUUCAAUUCUUGGCGAAUCCAGUGACGAACCAUGUGCAGAGUGCUGAGCAGCAUAACCAGGAUGUGAACUCACUGGGUUUGAUCUCUUCGAGGAAAACAGUCGAAGCACUCGACAUUCUUAAGCUUAUGUCGUCGACAUACUUGAUUGCACUCUGCCAGGCCAUUGAUUUGAGGCAUUUGGAGGAGAAUCUGAGGCAGGUUGUCAAGAACACUGUCAGCAAAGUAGCCAGGAAAACUUUAACCACAGUGGCUACCGGGGAACUUCAUCCGGCAAGAUUCUGUGAGAAAGAUUUGCUCAGUGCGGUCGACCAUGAAUAUGUCUUUGCAUACAUAGAUGAUCCUUGCAGCGCAACCUACCCAUUGAUGCAGAAGCUGAGGAAAGUGCUCGUGGAUCACGCAUUGAGCAAUGGUGAUGGUGAGAUGAACACAAGCACAUCCAUCUUCUUGAAGAUUGAAGCUUUUGAGGAUGAACUGAAGACCCAUUUGCCUAAAGAAGUCGAGACUGCAAGAACCGCCGUGGAGGGAGGAAAUCCGGCGAUCCCUAACAGGAUUAAAGAUUGCAGGUCGUACCCUCUGUACAAAUUCAUCCGACAGGACAUUGGAACGGAUAUUCUUGCAGGUGAGAAGGUUACAUCUCCUGGUGAAGAAAGUGACAAGGUGUUUGCAGCAUUGAACAAUGGGUUGAUUGUCGAUCCAUUGCUGGCAUGUCUCGAGUCCUGGAAUGGUGCCCCUCUUCCCAUCAACUAGUUCUUGUUUUUAUUAAUGUCUUCAAUUCAAUAAUUGGGAUGUAGUUUUCAUCAUGUCUUCAGAUGCUCACAGUUUACCUUGAAAAACAAAACAAACUUCGUUUUCGCGAGGUACAAAAUGGCCUUUUGACUUGACACUUGUCUUGCAGCCAUUUCUUGUAUUAAAGGGACGGAUUCUCCCUCUCUGUCGUUCUAAGGGCCAUUAUAACAAUUAUUCGAUUCCUACUGUA